AUGGCAGGAGACGCCAGUGUGCCUGCCAGCCAAGAUGGGAACGGGAGUACGGGAGACUCUCUGAUCAGAGACACAGAGAUGGCGGGGACGAGAAUCACAAACCUGAGUGUGGCAAAGCCACCUCCUCCGCAGCGCAGCACGACGCCGCAGGGAGCCGUCCACAUGCGCAUUAAGACUUCCCAGAGCUCCGGAGAGCGCCUCAGUCAGUCCAAGUCCAUGGUGCUGCAGGACUCUGACCUCCCACCGAAGCCCAUGUCUCGGCACCGCAGGAAUCAGUCUCAGCACAGCGUCCUAGUCUCAGGAGGAGCUGCUGCUUCUGAACCACUGGUGGAGCUGAAAGGUGAACACCUGAAUGUGGCUAAAAUCUCUGACUGCGGUAAGAAGCAGAGGAAGAACUGGACCUUGAUGUGGAGUGUUCUGACCACAGACCAGCUGCUGCUUUAUAAAGAGAAACAACAGGAAACGGGUCCGAAACCUGGAGGAAAGACAGAUGUGGUCCAGCUGUGCGGAGCAGUUAUCCACUGGACAACAGAGAAGUCGAGCAGGAAGAAUGUCUUCCAGAUCACAACAAACACAGGAAGUGAGUACCUCCUCCAGACGGACGGUUACUCCACCGCCACUAAAUGGUACGACGCCAUCAGAAAGACCGUUGACUCUUCAACUAAACUUCCUCUGCGGAGAUCAAACAGCACAGAGUACCUGCCCAGACACAGCUCAUUACCUGGAUAUGGCUCCGCCUCCCCCAACGCCAAGCAACGCAACCCCGUCCACAGACGCUCCAUCAAUAUGUUCGGCAGUGCCAAGCUGAAACACAGCGCGUCUGACAGCGCCGACAAGAAUGGCGUGAAGAACCGACUGAAGAAGUUCAUCAGCAGACGUCCGUCCAUGAAGACGCUGCAGGAGAAAGGCCUCAUCAAAGAUCGGGUUUUCGGCUGCCAUCUGUUGACUCUUUGUGAGCGUGAAGGAACCACGGUGCCCAGGUUCGUUCAGACGUGUUUGGAUGCCGUUGACAAGCGAGGUCUGGAGGCUGACGGGAUCUACAGAGUCAGUGGAAAUCUGGCCACAAUCCAGAAACUUCGCUUCAUCGUGGAUCAGGAGGAGCACCUGGACCUGGACCACAGUCAGUGGGAGGACAUCCAUGUCGUCACCGGAGCCCUCAAAAUGUUUUUCCGGGAGCUGCCUGAGCCGCUCUUCCCCUUCAGGUUCUUCCAGCCUUUUUUGGAGGCCGUCAAGACUAAAGAAUCCAAACACAAAAUUCAGGCUGUGAAGAAACUGAUCCAGGAACUGCCCAAACCCAACCAUGACACCAUGAAGCUGCUCUUCAGUCACCUGCACAGAGUUCUGGCCUUUUCCAAGAAGAACCUGAUGUCCACCCAGGGCAUCGGCAUCGUGUUUGGCCCGACGCUGAUGUGGCCCGAGCUGGACGGGGGAAACAUGGCGGUCAACAUGGUCUACCAGAACCAGAUUAUGGAGUUCAUCCUCAUUGAGAGCCGAGAAAUCUUCAACCUGGACAGGAAGUAAAGCGUGCUGAGGUGGACCUGAUUAUCUGACGGACUCACAUGUACACAUUUCAACUAUAACAAACUCAUUCCAUGUUUAAGCAGAAAACAGAAGUAUGUAAAAAAAAUAAAAUAAACAAAUGUCUUUUGAUCUGUACAAAGUUUAAGAAGAUAUUUUUUUAAUUAACAUUGUUUUGGUGAGUUUACCUCACCACCUGUCACCUGCUGAGCUGUUUCAGGUGGCUCGGGAGGUUUUUCAAAGUGUCUGUCCUUUUGCUGACAGUUUUCAAUGGUUUCUCAGAUGGUUCUAUUCAAC